UCUUGUUUUUCUCCGUAUUCUCAACUCUCAAAUAGAGAGAGCGAGAGAGAGAGAAAGAUAGACAGAGAGAGCGAGGUCUACAUAUAUUAUAUAAAAGACAUUACCCAAUUACACAACUUGUCUUCCUCACGGAUCUCCCUUCUUAUACCUCAAGUAUAUAAAGAACAUUUGUGUAUCGAACAUCUCUAAGCGUUGUUGAGCCAUGGCUGCGAUGAAGAUAAGAAGAGCAGCGACCGUAGCAGGGGCAUGGCUAAACGAAGCCGUAAGCUUCCUCGUGUUCUGCGUCUUAGACAUCGUUGAUCCUUUGCUUUGUUUCCUCUACAAAACAGCUGACUAUCUCUUCGAAGCCGAGUGGAAGCCUUGCUAUUGCUUGUCGGCCAAGGAACCCAUCACGACAACUCGGGGAAAGAUCCUUUUGUCUCACGAUAAUGGCGAAUCCAAGAUCCUCACUCUUUCUCCGCUUCAAGAACUCGGCGGACGUUCCAAGAUUGAGCUUGAGGAUAUCUCUGAGACCCUGUACACACGUCCUUCUGUUCUAUCCGACCUCUCUAAUCUCUCGGUUAACGAGCUCAAUAAACGGUUCGUUAAGGUUACUCGGUCCGAGUGUAGCGGCCAUCAUGAGAAGACUAAAAACAAAAGGGGUAGAUCAGUAACGAAGUCAAGCUUGACGGUGAACUUCACGGUAGUUGAGAUGCUUCGGGGAAAAAUCAGACAGCAAAAUUUGAGCAACGAUGUCUCUCGAUGGUCGGAUUGUGACUGUGGGUUUUGCACAUCAUGGGCCUCUGCUUCUACCAAAGAUCAUUCCCUCUAUGUCAAAACUCAAAUCCCGAAUGGGGUAAGAGCGAAAGAGGAUGUUCUGUUUAUACAUGGUUUCAUAUCUUCAUCAGCAUUUUGGACGGAGACGGUAUUUCCAAGCCUGUCAGCCUCCUCCUCGGCUCAUAGACUCUUCGCCGUGGACCUUCUAGGAUUCGGCAAGAGUCCAAAGCCAGCUGAUUCACUCUACACAUUGAGAGAACACGUAGAGAUGAUCGAGAAAUCUGUCUUACAAAAACACAAUGUGAAGUCUUUCCACAUCGUGGCUCACUCUUUGGGAUGCAUUUUGGCGCUUAGCCUGGCUGCCAGACACGGGGCCUCAGUCAAGUCGCUUACCCUCCUUGCUCCGCCAUACUAUCCAGUACCGGCGGGAGAGGCGAAGCCAAGGCAGUACGUGAUGAAGAAGGUGGCACCGAGAAAGGUUUGGCCGCCAAUAGCUUUUGGAGCGUCGAUGGCUUGUUGGUACGAACACGUAAGUCGUACCAUUUGUCUCCUUAUCUGCAAACACCACCGGCUUUGGCAAUUCCUUGCAAAUAUCAUCACCCGUAAUAACAGGACUGUAAACUUUUUAAUAGAAGGUUUCAUGUGUCACACGCACAACGCAGCAUGGCACACUCUACACAACAUUAUAUGUGGGACAGGAAGCAAACUCGAUACGUAUCUAGACGUCGUCCGAGAUAAACUAAAGUGCAACGUGACCAUCUUCCACGGAGGUGACGACGAACUCAUCCCAGUCGAGUGUAGCCACAACGUUAAACAGCGGAUUCCUCGGGCGCGAGUUAAGGUUAUUGAGCACAAAGAUCAUAUCACCAUGGUCGUUGGCAGACAAGAUGAGUUUGCCAGAGAGCUCCAAGAGAUUUGGAAGACUUCUUCUUGCUAAAAUAUACUAUUCCAUGAUAUAUUUGUGAUAGAUUUAUCAAUUUGUCUAUGUAAUGGGGUUGGUAAAAAAAAAUAUUCUAAAAGUUUUUAUCAUUAUAAAAUUAAGGAAAUCCUUAUGUACCAUGAGAAAUCCAGGGAAUGGAGUAUUGCAAUAAUAAUUUUCGAGUCUAUUUUGUUAUGA